AUGUCGCAAACCGAAGAUAUACACGCAGUUCGCAUGAAGAGAGAUGGAAAGAAAGACAAAGGAGAUCAACGAGGCAGAACGAAGGGAUUAACUCAAGAACGUAAACAACCCGAACAAAAGCAGCCAAGCAUAUUAAAAUGCAAAUAUUGUGGCAAAACCCAUCGGCGGAUCAAAGAAGAGUGUCCAGCGUGGGGAAAGAAGUGCUUAAAGUGCCACAAGGCAAAUCAUUUCGCGUCGCAAUGUCGAAGUAAACAAGGCUCGGAGAAAGGAAACUUUCAUGGGGUCGGCGAGCUGUUUGAGAGUGAGGAUGAAGGAGCUGAGUACGUAGAUUACGUUCUAACAGUUCAAAGAAAGUCUGAUAGGUCUGUCACAGAAAACAAGUUUCCCAAGAGAAUCUUUGCACAUAUGGUAUUAAAUGAGACGAGUGUGAAGUUCCAGCUGGAUAGCGGAGCAACCGUGAAUGUUCUACCGUUGCAGUUGUAUCGAGAUAUUUUCAACGAUCCGAAGCUUGUGCACCUGAAAAAGACACAAACGACGUUGGUGAUGUUUAAUAAAUCUAAGAUGAACGUAUUGGGAAAGUUAAAGACGAUGACUAUCAACCCUAGAAAUGAGAUGAAGCAUGCAGUUGAAUUCGUGGUGGUGAAUGAGGAUUACAAACCAUUGCUGGGUUUUGAAACAAUCCAGAAGUUUGAGCUAAUGACAGUGAACACCGAGAACGUAAUGUCAGUCCGAAGUCAUUCCGGAAUCAAUCCGAAGUCAUUCCGAAAUCAGCACGAGAGAAAUCCGACGUUUGUCCGGAGUCAUUCCGAAGUCAACCGAAAGUCUGUACAGAGUCUGGAUGUGGAUAAUGAUUUCGCUUCAAUGCCUUGUUCAAUGGCUUUGGAUCUAUGCAUAGUCUAA